GUUACAAGCAAGUACGCAAAAAUUUGAGAUCGAUGUUCGGUUUGGAAGAGGACCAAGAGAUAAGGUCCAUCACUUAUAAGAGUCCUAUGAUUUAUGAUAAUGGAAUGUCACAUUACGCUCCAGUUCUGAUCACAAAUGACAUGUGGUUGAUGACCAUAUACCAUAUGGUCUCAUUGUUUUAUUAUUAUUAUAAAGGUGAUACCAUAUGGUCUCAUUGUUACCAACUUGGUAUGACCAUGCAGAAUUGUAUGUCGAAUAUGGGUCGAAAAGCUUCACCGACUUACUUGAGAAGGAUAGCGUAUAUUCAUCAGUUCAAACAAUGUCAUCAUCAUCCUUUACCAAUAAUAACAAAGAGUAUCUUAAUGCCUACAAUGGUUGCCCACCAAGCAGCAAAGAAGAUUCAAUGGGUAAUUAUGAACAUAGCAGUGAGUCUGAUAGCAAUGCUAGCGACAUCGAAACUACAAUUUCACAUUAUGCUUCUAUUUCACCAUCACAUUAUACAAAUCUAGCUGACGGCAUCGGAAAUAUGAUGUUUGGAAGAUAUCAUUGUCCAGAAGUACCUGAAGGUUAUAAUUGGGAUGAAACAAGGGAUUUCUAUCCUGAUGUCUCCUUUAACUCGAAGUUGAAGCAUCCAACGCACUGAACGAACAUGUCAUUAGAAGGGAAUUCCAAACAUAUGUGUCCAAAUCUAAUCGUAGGCAACUGGUCGUGAGAUGUACUUCGCACAAGUCUAUGGGUUGUCCGUGAAAGGUUAGUGCAACAGAUGGAGAUGAUGGUGAAGCAUGGGUCGUGCGAGACGAAAAACUCGAGUCAUACAUGUAUGCCAGUAAGUAAAUCAUGGGAACACAAGCAGAUGGAUUCAGAGCUCAUUUCUAACUGCAUCAAACAUUGCGUUGUCUAGAGUCAAAUACACAAGUAUUCUGCUUUAGUUGAGAAAUUUGUUGCAGUUGAUGCAAGGUUGAAAUUGCAAGUAUUCUGCUUUAGGUGGGGUAUCAUGACAACCAAUUUUUCAGAGUGCAUGAGUGGUGUUCUGAAAGAAGUUUGUGGCAUGCCAAUUGAGGCACUUGCCUUAUGAACUUUUUGGCGCGUGGUUGAGUACUUCAAUGAUCGUUGCAUGAAUGUCGCGUCUGACUAUGAAGCUGGUAAUUUGUUCACCAAAUAUUGUGCCACCAAAUUCAAUAGAAGAUUGAAAAAGGAAAAUCACCAUCAUGCGCGACCAUUUGACUUAAUGGCUGCAAGGUUUAAUGUCUUGACUAGGGUGAAUAAUUUAGUAAACAGAGGAGCCAAUUAUCAAGUGGUUCUCCUUAAUGUUAAUGAUAGGUCUGGGAGGUGCACCUGUGGAAAGUUUCAAUGGACAGCUAUACCCUGUUGUCUUGCAAUUCCAUGUUGCCAGUUUCUAGGCAUGGAGGCUAAAGUUUUCAUCAAUCAUCACUAUUCGAUAGCGACAAUUAGGGAGUGUUAUAAUUAUGCAUUCGAGCCACUUGGUGAUAGGCGGUAUUUCCAUGAGUAUCUCGGACCUUACCUUCUUCCAGAUCAAACAACAAAACGAAAACGUGGUCAACCAAGAAAAUCAAGACUACGUAAUGAGAUGGAUUGGUGCGAUGAAUGGAUUCCUCCUGAGUGAAGCAUUUGUGAUCAAGCUGGACACAAUGCAAAGUCAUGUCCAAAUCGAAGGUUGUCUCAAUCCCAAGCAUCAUCUUCCAGAGUUUCAGGGGGUCACAGUCAUUAAACUAAUAAUGUUGGAUGUUAUAAAUAUGAUGGAAUUCUAAAUGUUUGACGUUAUAACCAUCAUGUUGGAUGUUAUAAAUAUUAAGUAAUUCU